AAGAGGGAAUGGCAUAGGGUGGGCACCCGAACAGGCAGAGUAGCAGUGCCAGGGAGGUGGGCAAGGCCCUGUUGUGGCCUGCAUCUUGAAUGGGGGGAGACUUCCAGGGGAUGCGGUCUGAUCUUUCCCAGUGACGUCCUUAUGUGUCUGCCCUUUGUCUCUCCUCUGGGCGCACUCACUCGUGGGCCCUGAUGGCUAUACUGUAGAGCUGGUAGCCCCCCCCUUUGCGCCAGGUGCAGGGUGCGGCUGUGUCAGUGUAGGGGCUGGGUUAAGCCAGGGCUUCCUCCGUGAGAGGCCCACAGUGGGGCCUGACACCUGCAUUCUCCCCUUCAGCUGCUCUGCACCCAGCCAGGCUGCACCUCCUUUCUCACCGCCCUCACCACUUCACCCAGUCACAGGAAGAGGAGUGGGGUGUAGCUCGGUGCCAGAAGCGCCCCCCCAUUGGGCCUCAGCCUGGCCCAGUGCAGAGCGUGGGGGGGGGGGUUGCCAAGAUCUUUGCCCCUCUCUCAAAUGCGCGUGUUGUGAUUCCCCCCUCCCCCUCCCCCGCCUCUGCAUUGCAGCCUCGGCGCUGGCCUCGCCGAGGUGCUUCUCCCUCUGGCUGCCCGCCUCCCCCCCCCACUUCCAGGGAGGGGCCUGCGCAUUCCAGCAUGUCUGAGCCGCAGCCCGGCCGGGCCCAGCGCCAAGGCCGGCGGGGAGGGCAAGCAGGAGCCGGCCUGCGCCAUCCGGGUCGGGGUGACAGAAGACCCCCGAGUCCACCCCAGCUGACCAGAGCAAUCUGCUCCCUCGCUGCUGGCCCUCCAUGCAUUCCUUAGACGAGCCCCUGGACCUCAAGCUGAGUGUCUCCAAACUCCCGGAUGUCCGAGAGAAGUGUGACUGGGCCCUGGGUAGCACCAAGGGCCGAACUCUGUGCCAGAUUUCAGAGGACGAGGGCUACCUGGUAGCGGGCCCUGGCUCCCCUCCAGAGGGCCUCCAGCCGCACCCUCAAUGCCAAGACAAGAGAGACCAUGGGUUCUCCUCGCCUCCUACCAUUGACCUGAGCCUGUCCCCUUCUCCACCAGGCCGGGACACCCCCCCCAACGGCAACACAUCCGCCUCCCCAGACAGGCAGAGCAGUGGGGGGCUGGUGAACUGCACCAGCUUGCGUGACCUGCAGUCCCUGCGCUACCUUGAGAGUCUCCGCAGCUCCUUCCAGUUCUUCCUGCCUCUGAACUCAGGAGGGUCCCUGCACCUGCCCGGCUCCACUUUCCUGGCGCCCUCCAAGGAGAAGCGGCUGUCUUUGGAUACGGCUGUGCAGAAGCAGCUAGUGUGCCACUGGUCGAAGUGCAACCAGCUGUUUGAGCUCCUGCAAGACCUUGUGGACCACGUCAACGACUUCCACGUGAAGCCAGAGAAGGAUGCUGGCUAUCGUUGCCACUGGGAGGGUUGUGCCCGCCACGGCCGGGGCUUCAACGCCAGGUACAAGAUGCUGAUCCACAUCCGCACACACACCAACGAGAAGCCCCAUCGCUGCCCGACCUGCAACAAGAGCUUCUCCCGGCUAGAAAACCUGAAGAUCCACAACCGCUCCCACACAGGGGAGAAGCCCUACCUUUGCCCCUAUGAAGGCUGCAGCAAGCGCUACUCCAACUCCAGCGACCGCUUCAAGCACACCCGCACCCACUACGUGGACAAGCCCUACCACUGCAAGAUGCCUGGCUGCCACAAGCGCUACACCGACCCCAGCUCCCUCCGUAAGCACAUCAAGGCCCACGGGCACUUCAUCACCCGCGAGCAGCAGGAGCUGCUGAAGCUGCAGCCCCCCACCAAGGCCCCUCCACUCAUGGCCAAUGGACCAUACCUCAGCGGGGCACAGAUCAUUGUGCCUACUCCGGCUGCCCUCUUUGGCAGCCAUAGCCUGCCCCUCCCUCUGCCCCAUGCCCCCCUGGAUCUCAGCACCUUAGCCUGCAGUGGGCUGGGCACGGCCGCCAUUGCGGGCCUGCCCAGCCCCACGCUUGCCCCUUUGAACUUGGCCAAGAACCCCCUGCUGGCCUCCCCUUUCUCAGUGGGCAGCCUGGGGCUGCCAGUGGUGUCCUUGCUGGCUGGCACCUCUGCCAAGGCAGCUGUUGAGCGAGGGCAGGAGAGCAGGGCCCGGCCCUUCAAAGGCGACAUUGGUGAAAGCAGCCGAUGCAAGGAAACCAGUGAGAGAGUGAAACUGGCCAAGCUGCGGACAACCACAGACGGCCUCCCUCUGCUCCCUGGGGGCAUCCUGGACCUGUCCACUGGCAUGAACUCAGGGGCAACCGCGGAAACUCUGCCACCAGGUUGGAUGGUAAUCCCGGCUGGCUCCGUUUUACUGAAGGAAGCUGUGGUGAGCUAAGUAGGGAAGAGCAAGGAGGAGGACUGGAAGGGGACCUUCUGGUAUUCAAUCUGAGUGAGCGAUGCAUGUGAGCAAAGCAAUAAGAAGCUUCCCAGGGCAGCAGCCAGGAAUUCCACCCUCCCCUCUCUGUUCUGCCGAAUGCCAGGCAGGGCCGACCCAGGAGCGCCAAUGCAGGAAGCAGCGCUGGUGGGUUCAUCCCCAGCAAGACCUUCUCAGCCCGGCCCCCCUUUUCUCAGCCUUGCUUUAGCUCAAGAAUCACUGGGGGAGCCCACUUGAAGAAGCUUCCGCCCAAAGGUGCCGCUUCUUCUUUUGGCCCCUUUGGUGCUGGCAGCAGCCACACUGCAGGCCUUGCUGUGCCCAGUUUGCUCCUCUCUGCCUUUAGGGUGCUUCCCAUCCCCCGUUUUUUCUUUGGAGCCCAGCAGUGCAGCCCUGUGGCUCAGAGGCCUUUUCCUCCCCCACUUUGGCUGCUGUUCAGAAGCCAAUCCUGGAAGAGCUGUUAUCAGCUGCCUCCCUCCUCUCCAGCCCAGGGCUUCUGCCUGGUUCAGACCUCUCUGACAAGGCACACCAUGGCGUGUGCUGCUGAUGAGACAGUUCCCUGACACGGAGGAAUUGAACUGCGCACUUCCCUCCAUAAGCAGUUUCUUAUAUUAAAGCUGUGCAACAAAGGCAGUGAGGAUGAGAAGAUGGCAAAGCAUCCCCGGAUGAAGGUUCAGUCUGUGCUGGGUCCUGGGCUGCUUCUGCCCUGUAAACUUUGCAAGAGCCUCUUUUUUAUGGCUGGGGGGAUUCCCUCCCUUGCUUUUAGAAAAGCAGAGCGCUGGACAAGCUGGCACCUUUUAUGCAGAUCCAAGAUGACCUGCUACACUAACAGCAGGAAGCCAUGAACUUGUCAAGCCUGGCCAGGAGAUAGCUGGGACCUAGGGAUGGGUGGGAAAAACAUAGCCCAUCCCCUCUAUCAUAAAUGCAGGCCCUGCCACCGGCUGUACCAGCUUCAGGAGCCCAGCAGAGAAGCAGCAUUUGCUCUGCCUUUCGCCACUCCACCCCUUGGCUCCUGCAGCAGCCCAGAUCACCUCUUGACUGCCCUCCUUGUAUUGGUGGGUCACUAUGUUUCCAACCGCCUUUCCUAGACAAGGGCAUCUCUGGGUAUCCCCCUAUAUAUCCCACCCCUCAAGGGACCUGCAACUGUCCCUGUGCCAUCUACAUACCUCCCUUGAGCAGCCCCUACAGGCAAUUCCUGGCAAACUUUCAGUGGUCCACAUAGUCCCAAGGAUCCAGAACCACCUGGGCCGGGGAGCUGGACUCCCAAGCACAUGCAUGCUUGCUCGGGGCUCCCACUCAAAGCAUCCCGCUGGGCAAACUGGCCUCGGAACUGAUGCACGCAGGCUGCCAGUGUUUUCCUGUUUCUAAGUGCCUUUUGAUUGUAGGUUAUGUUGGGGGUGAUGCCCUCCUCUUGCCUCAGUUAUGUUAGUAUAGUUUUAAGACAGAAAAAGAUAAGCUAUAACUUGACCCACCGGUCCUCCAGAAGGGAGGAUGAUUAUGACAAGAACAAUAAAGUACACAAAAAAGC